AUGAAACAGCAUUGGCGGGUGAACCGACCGUUGCGGUCGCGGUCGCUGCCGAGGGUCGACGUGGACGUGGAGCAAGGGGGUGGCCGGUCCGCUGCCACGGCAGGGAUCGACGAGGCCGCCCUGGCUGCGUACCCGACGAUGGUGUAUUCCAGGGCCACAACCGGCGAGGAUGGCACGUCGUGCGCCGUGUGCCUGGCGGACUACGCGGACGGCGACGAGCUCCGCCGGCUGCCGGGGUGCCUGCACGCGUUCCACCAGCGGUGCAUCGACGACUGGCUGCGGCAGCGGACGAGCUGCCCGCUUUGCCGCGCGGCGCCGCCGACGACCGGCGCGUGCUAA